AUGCCUAGCUCCCUCGACCAACUCAAGGCCUCUGGCACCACCGUCGUCGCCGACUCUGGUGACUUCGCUACCAUCAAGAAGUACCAGCCCCAGGAUGCGACCACCAACCCCUCGUUGAUUCUCGCCGCGUCUAAGAAGCCCGAGUACGAGAAGCUCAUCGACGCGGCCGUCGCAUACGGCAAGAAGAACGGCACAGACCUCGAGAACCAGGUCGACACCACACUUGACAACCUGCUGGUACAGUUUGGCAAGGAGAUCCUCCAGAUUGUCCCCGGCAAGGUCUCAACAGAAGUUGAUGCGCGCUUCUCUUUCUCCACAGAGCAGUCUGUAAACAAGGCGCUGCACAUCAUCGAUCUCUACAAGGAGAUUGGCAUUGACAAGGAGCGCGUCCUCAUCAAGCUCGCAUCCACAUGGGAGGGUAUCAAGGCUGCUGAGAUCCUGCAGUCCAAGCACGGCAUCAACUGCAACUUGACCCUCAUGUUCUCACAAGUCCAGGCCAUCGCCGCCGCCGAGGCCGGUGCCUACCUCAUCUCUCCCUUCGUUGGCCGCAUCCUUGACUGGUACAAGGCCGCACACAAGAAGGAGUACAAGAAGGAGGAGGACCCCGGUGUCAAGUCCGUCGUGCAAAUCUUCAACUACUACAAGAAGCACGGCUACAAGACCAUUGUCAUGGGCGCGUCUUUCCGUAGCGUCGGUGAGGUCACCGAGCUGGCUGGUUGCGACUACCUGACCAUUGCUCCCAACCUACUUGAGGAGCUUUACAACUCACAAGAAGACGUCCCCAAGAAGCUCGUCGCCGAGGAUGCUAGCAAGCUCGACCUUGAGAAGAAGACCUACAUCAACGACGAGGCUGAGUUCCGCUUCUACUUCAACGAGGACCAGAUGGCCGUCGAGAAGCUCCGUGAGGGUAUCUCGAAAUUCGCUGCUGAUGCCAUCACCCUCAAGGAUAUCCUCCGCAAGAAGAUCCAGGCCGCAUAA